GCAUACGAUGGCUUUGCCAGCUUGGGCAUAUCGCGACUGCUGGAGCCUUCCGACAUGGUUCUGCUAGCGAUCCCGGACAAACUGACUGUUAUGACCUAUCUCUAUCAAAUAAGGGCUCAUUUCUGCGGCCAGGAGUUGAACGUGGUUCAGAUAGAGGAGAACAGCAGCAAAAGCACCUAUAAAGUGGGUAACUACGAGACGGACACCAACAGCUCCGUGGAUCAGGAGAAAUUCUACGCGGAGCUGCACGACCUGAAGCGGGAGCCGCCGCUGCAGCCGCCGGACAGCGGCCUGGCAGACUUUGCCUCUCAGGACGACUCUGUGUUUGUGAACGACAGCGGCGUGGGCGAGUCCGAGAGCGAGCACCAGACCCCCGAUGACCACCUGAGCCCCAGCACGGCCUCCCCUUCCUCUCGCAGGACUCGGAGCGACCCCGAUGCGCAGAAAUCCCAGCAAAGCUCCGGGAGGACUUCCGCCUCGGAGGAGGUCGGGAAGGGCGGCAGCGCGGACGCGGCCCAAGUGCAGCCCGUGCUGGGAAAGAAGAAGUUGCUGAAAGCCGACACUUUGGACUUGAGUGACCUGCAGCACGUUGGUGAUCCCCAGGAGGACGCGUCUCCCACGGGUGCUUGCGAAGACGGUGGCGGGGAAAGGCGCCAGAGUUCAGACAGUCCCGUUGGCUUCUCGGAGCAUGGGAAUCUGGGACAUGCGGGAUCCCCCGAGAGCGCCAAAGGAGAUCCCGGUUCACCCGGCACAAAGCCGAGUUUAUCUCCUCCUUCCAAACUGGGAUAUUCCUAUAAUAACGAUGCAGAUCUGGUGAGGAAAAAGCGUGCUUCCCUGAGGCAGGGAGAAACUGAUUCUGAGCCCGACGCCAGAGCAGCUUUAAAUCACACAGAUCAAAGUGCAAAAACAGCCCAGCAACGAAUGUUGUCAAGACAGGAAGAACUUAAAGAACGAGCAAGAGUUCUGCUUGAGCAAGCAAGAAGAGACGCAGCUUUAAAGGCAGGGAACAAGCAGCUAACCGAUACGGUCGCCCCGGCCCGCAAUAAGCAGCUGAAUGAUCAGCAGGAUGAAGAGCGGCGGCGGCAGCUGAGGGAGCGAGCUCGUCAGCUAAUAGCAGAGGCUCGAUCUGGAGUGAAGAUGUCAGAACUUCCGAGCUACGCUGAAAUGGCUGCAGAAAAGUUGAAAGAAAGGUCAAAGGCAUCUGGAGAUGAGGCUGAGGAUGAGGAUAAUAUUGAGAUAGAUACUAACGAGGAGGUGCCCGAAUGCUCUCUUUCUGGAGGUGGAGAUGAGCUUACUAACCUAGAAAAUGACCUUGAUUCAACGGCAGAACAAAACAGUAAGUUGGUGGAUUUGAAGCUGAAGAAGCUCCUAGAAGCUCAGCCACAGGUGGCAAAUUCACUCUCCAGUGCUGCUCAGAAAGCUGUAACUGAUAGCUCAGAGCAAGACAUUAAGCAGAACGGAGCAGAGGACCAUCGUGCUGAGCGCUCGCAGAAGGCGGGCGAGCGCCUCAGAAAUCCUGUUGUGUUUGGCAAGGACUCCACCGUCAGAAAAACUCAACUCCAGUCUUUCAGUCAGUAUGUGGAGAACAGACCAGAGAUGAAAAGGCAGAGAUCAAUACAGGAAGAUACAAAGAGAGGAAAUGAGGAGAAGGCUGCGAUAACUGAGACUCAGAGGAAGCCAUCAGAAGAUGAAGUGCUUAAUAAAGGGUUCAAAGACACCAGUCAGUAUGUUGUAGGAGAAUUGGCAGCACUAGAGAAUGAGCAAAAGCAAAUUGACACCCGUGCCGCGCGGGUGGAGAAGCGCCUUCGCUAUCUCAUGGACACAGGGAGAAACACGGAGGAGGAAGAAGCUAUGAUGCAGGAGUGGUUCAUGCUGGUCAAUAAGAAAAAUGCCUUAAUAAGACGAAUGAACCAGCUUUCUCUCCUGUAA